UCGACUCACUAUCAUGGCUGGUUCGCGAGAGCAAGCUGCUGCCAUGGAACUGGCCGGUUAUGGCUCUAAGGAGGCACCAAUCAUCGACGAUCAGGAGCUGGGAUCUGAGGGUGCUGAUCUGGCUCGUAUUGAGCGUGUCUACAAGAAGAUCGAUCGCAGAAUCAUCCCGCCAUUCUGGAUACUAUAUUUCCUCUGCUCAGCCAUCCGCUCUAAUGUUGGUCUGGCACAAACGAUGAACUCAGCACAAGGUCAUAACCUUUCAGAUGUGCUCCACCUGACACCCAAGCAAGUCUCCACCGGUCUAGCGCUCUUCUACGUGUGCUAUGUCGUUUUCGAUUGUCCUUCAAACCUUAUCAUGUCGAAGUUGAGCCCGCACGUAUGGAUGAGCAGAAUCGUGCUAAGUGUUGGUAUCAUUGGCACAUGCAUGACAGCUAUGAAGGCAGCUUGGAGUCUGUACCUGCUCCGACUGUUGUUGGGCAUUGUUAUUGCUGGCAUGUGGCCUGGCAUGACCUACUACCUCAGUCUUUACUACCCGCCUUCACGCUGCGCGAGACGCAUUGGACACUACUAUACUGCAGCACAACUCUCCGCCGCAGUCGUUGGUCUUGUUAGUGCUGGGUUCCAGAAGAUGGAUGGUCUUGGUGGUCUUGUCGGCUUCCAGUGGAUGUUCCUCAUCUAUGGUUUAUUGGCAGUCAUCCUUGGCAUUGUGCUACUAUGGUGGUUGCCCGAUCGUCCUCACCCGCCUGGUGAGAAGAUUGAGCAACCUGUUGGCUGGAGACGACUUUUGCCAAGAAGCCCACCCGUACUUACAGGAGAAGACGCCCGUAUCCAUUACGAAGAGCUGACGAGAGUGUAUCAUCGCCCUGCAUGGGGUUGGAAAGACCUGGGUCGUGUGCUCAUCGACUGGCGUCUCUGGCCAUUGGUAAUCAUGUACUUUGGUGUCGUAGGCGUUGCCUAUCAGNGUAUUGGUGUUCAAAGUUACGGUACCGUCAUCAUCCAUGCCAUCAACCCUAGUCUCAGCAGUAUCAACCUGUCGCUGCUCUUCGCACCCAUCUGGAUUAUGGAUCUGAUCGCCAUCCUUCUCAUCACGCCUCUCAGCGAUCGCUUCCACACUCACCGCCACCUCAUCUUCAGUCUGUCCUGUCUCGUCAUCCUAGCUGGUCUUCUCACCACCACUUUCGCUGGCGGCAACGACAGCUGGUCGAGAUACGGCGGUCUCCUAAUCAUCGGCUUUGGUCUCGGUCCUACUGUUCCUACUAUUAUGGCUAUGAGCACUUCCGUUUUCCAGCCGCGUCACGGCGAGGUCGGUAUCGCUGCAGCUUCGGCUCUCGUGUCUGGUCUUGGUAACCUCGGCUCCAUCCUGACUACCUAUGCAUUAUACUCUGGUUGGCCUGAAGACGCAAGAGGUCCUCACAAGUACAGAAAGAGCAAUUUGGUCAUGGUAGGCAUGGUUUGCGCUAGUAUCGUGGCCAGUGGUGUGAUGGUCUUGUUGCUUAGAUGGACCAGGACAGAGGGUGCGCAAGCCAUCGAGGAUGCUGUCGAGAACAAGGACGUUAUGGCUGAUGGAGCUGCCAAGAGAGAGUUGCGAGAGAUCAGGGCGCAGCAGCAAGGAUUUGGUCUGAACAGACUCAAAGUACACAGA